CAACGCAUUUUAUUUAAUAAAAUUCUUAUUUUAUUUAAUUUUAAAUCAACGUCACUUGUCGUAGAAAAAGGUGGCAACUUUUCUCGUAUAGCAACGUACUUAAAAAAUUGAAAAAAUGAAUAGAGAAUUAAGAGGAAUGAUGAUUAUUGUAAUCGAGUCAAUUAUCAGGAUUGUAUCCUCAGUUUUAGCAACCUAUAAUGCUAUCACAAUGACUGAGAGUCCUUACGCAAUUUUUGAUCUUAUUUGGAUUGGUGUAAUGUGGGUGCACAUUAUUUUAUAUAUUAUUGGAUACAUGUACCGUAAUCCAAAUAUGAAUAUAAGAAAAAUGAGAACAAUUUCUAUCAUGUUAAUGAUAUUUUUUAGCGGAUGCGAAGUAACACUUGUAGUUUUAACAGCUAGUUUAGAUAACAUAGUUAUUAUAAUUGAUAGUGUUUUAAAAAUCAUUAUAACUGGAUGGGGUUUAUUUAAAUUCAUUCUCACUAUUUGUAUCUUAGUUUAUACCUCAGCUAAAAGAAGUGAAACACAACCGUUAAUAGCAGAAAUAGGAAUAAAUGAAAGUAGUAAUAGAGAAAUUGAAAAUAUUUGA